AUGUAUUGUUUAGUUGCAACAAAAGAAGACAAAUAUUUGGUGACAUCGCACAGAAAUGUCAGACGUCAAAAAAACCUAUUGUUUGUUAUAUAUAAAGGUUAUGAAUUCCAAGUCAUGACUAUUUUUCGAUAUGGUAAAAGAAAAGAUUUGCUAAAAUUAGCUCAAAACCUAUCGUACAAAUUACCUAAAGUUUAUAUUCCACGAAUAAGAGAAAAAAGUACAUCAACUUCUUCAAAAGCCGCAGUUUUAUCUGAUGCUGUUUCUGAUUUAACUCAAAUAAAAAAUUCUACAGUUUCAAGAAUUUCAUUAACUGAUCAAGAUAUUAUUCAAGAUGAAACUUGUAAAACUGAGGAUAGUUCAGAGUUAAAUUUGAUUUCUAACGGAACAGAUAGUUCGUCAUCUCACUUAGAACAAAAAUUUUACGAAGAUAUCGAUAAGUUUAGUAUUUGUAAUAUUAAUACUUCAAAGAACGUUUUGUUGAUUAAUAAAUCAAUGAACGAUCAUUAUAAAAAUGAUAAUUGUAAUGAUAUCAAUUCAAAUUUAAAAAUACUCUCUACAGAAUCUCAUACUAAAGUUAAAAAUUUGAUUGAUUUUACGGAUCUAAAAAUAAAUGAAAAAAAAAAAGAGGUAAGGUUCUUAAACGUAAAUGAAAAUAAUAAAGAUCAAGUGAAUAUGACUGGUUUAAAUGAUGAGCAAAAUCUAGAACCAACAUGCAAUGUAUCUCCAGACAGUGAAACUCUGAAUAAAAGUAUAAUUAAAGCUACAGAAGCUAGGAAACCGCUUGUGAGAUCAGUUGUUGAAGGGAAUUUUUUGCCAAUUAAUAAUGGUUUUAUCACGAAAAGUACUGAGCCGUUAAAUUGGGAAACAAUUGAUGAAAUCCCUAUUAUUAUAAUGAACGGUCCGUUAGAACUUGAAAAUGAAGAAAGUAUAGCUCUCUACCCAUCAUUUGAAUACCAGUCAUUGCCAUCUUCAGCCACAUUAGGUGAAAAUAAUGAUUGUUUCGCUUCUGAUAACAAAGAUUCUGAAAUAAACGGAUUUCAAGAUAAAACAGUUUCAUCUAUAACUAAGCGGGACGAUGAAACGUUAACAUCAAAUAACUCGGUCAAAAAUUUUUCUUUCAAGUAUGAUCAAUGUCCCAAUCAAUCAGACGAAGACCCUAAUGACCCAAAUUAUGAAGUCGGUGACAGUGAAGACUUAGAUUAUGAUUCUGAAUACAGUGACUCUCAUAUUAGUGAGCUUGAAGAAUUAGAUGAUUUAGAUGAUUUUGAGGAGCCUGAAGAUUUAAGAAAAGACAGCAUUGUGAGGGACGAUUUUAAUACAUCAGCAGAUUGGAAUUUUGAUCUGUCAUCCAUGCAAUUGCAAGAGAGUCGAGUCAAUGAUUUGGAUAUAGACUUAAAUGCUAAACAGAAUGAAGUUCUUGAUGAUGAACAAGUUUCAGAGCCAUUAUUAUUCGAUAACUCCCGUUCAAGUAUGUCUACUCUUGAUCAAUCGAAAAAUGACUCCACAUUCGUGCCGGACUCAGAAUCAUACUUGAAUGAAUCUAACCUAUCUAACUCACUUUCAGAAGAAAUUGCAAACAUUGACUCGGUUAAUAAUGGGAAUAAUUCUGUUGACGAACUUAUGUCUAAAGCAGUAGCACCCAAUCUUAAUGAGUUAGAAGUAACAGAAACAGGAAAGGAAACUAAAAAAACUUUCUGCUGUUUCUGUCUGCAGUUAAAAGCAGUUCCAAGUCGACAUUAUAGAGACGUUCAUAGCAACGAAAAAGAAGUUAAGCAAUUUCUCGCAAUGAAAAACAAUUCAGUAGAAAGAAAAGCAGCAAUUGAAAAAUUAAGACUCCGAGGAAAUAAUAUUUACAAUCUCAACAGAGACUUUAACAAAGGAAAACUUCUCGUCUGUAGGCAACCUCGUCAAAAUUCAGUGGCAAAUGCUGGUGAUUAUAAGCCUUGUUCUAAAUGUGGCAAAUGGUUACUUAAUGUAAAACGUCACCAAUGUCCUUACGAACGAGAUCACUGCGACGAUCGCUCACACUUAGUUAAAUCAAAAAUCAUGAUGGGUCAAAUACAUGAAAAUGCUAAUGAAUUAACAAGAAAAAUUCUUGCGAUUUUGAACGAUGAUGAAAUUUCUGAAGCUGUACGGUACGACCCUUUACUAAUAGUCUUUGCUAACGACUUGACAGAGCGAUAUACCAACCAACAUCAGCAUAAAAUGAUUCGCUCUCGUUUGAGAAUGUUGGGAGGUAUAUUGUUGAAAGUGAUGGAGUACAAUGAAGCUGUAUUCGAAGGUGGUAUGAUUAAUCAAAAGCCUAAUCCUGUAAAUGUGAACAAAUUUGCGGAUAUUAUUGACCCAAGGCUUUAUGAUAAUAUGAUUGUCGCUAUCCAAAACAUAAAUGGCAUGAAUAUUGAAAAAAGUGAAUGCAGAGCUCCAUCGUCGGCUACUGCAGCUGGUACAUGGAUUACGAAAGUAGCUAAAGUUUAUCAGAAAGAGUUGAUAAAAAGUUUAGAGUUUGACAAAGCUAAACAUGUAGAGUAUUUCCUUAAAGUCCACGAAGUUGAGUUUUCCACGCGAAUCAAUAAUCUUGCCAGAAGCGUACAAAUACAACAAAGAAGACACAAUCAGAAACCCCUCCCGACUAUGGAUGACAUAAAUCUCUUUCGAGAUUAUUACUUACGCAUUGAGUUUGGUGGCAAGAAAGGCCGAGAGGUGCCACUACUUUUAUCAAGCAAUAUGCGUGGUUUCAUAGAUUUAAUUCUUACUCAUCGUAGUGCAGCUAAAAUACACCCUGAUAACCCGUUCAUUUUUGCGUUACCAGGAUUUGACGCUAGUGACGAUGACAGUUCAGCCAUGGAUGUCUCUCUAGAUAUGGACCAAAGUACCGAAGAAUCAAAUUCUAAUUCCGAUCAAGACAAUUCUACUGUUACGGCUCAUAUGAAAAAGUUUUUAACAAAAAAACGCAAGUUAGAUGAUAUUGCAUCUUCAGAUGAAGAGUUUGACGACGUAACUUCAAGGUCUGAUAAAAAUCCAAAGAUUUCAAAAACAAAGCCUUAUGAUGAUGCAUUAACCGAACCCAGGCGAAUAAAUACAAAAAGAACAUGGUCAAGCGAGGAGAAGACGAUUGUUCUAAAAACAUUUGGCUAUUCAAUUAAACUUAUGAAAACUCCAUCUGCAGAAGUCAUGACAAAGUUUUUAGAAGAUAAUCCAAUUGUUAAAAGAUCUGUACCUCAACUGCGCUCAUGGAUCAACAAUCAAUAUAAAGAUAAAUUAGAAAAAAAGAAAAUGGGACAUUAG